CUUAUUUGUAAACUUAAAGCCCAUCAUUUUCUGAAUGACUGUCUCCUCUUUGAUAGAUUUUCUUUCUCAUCUUUGUUACCAGACUAGCAUACUUCCUGUCUACCUCCAAUAUAUGAUUAACUGGGGCAUGGAAUUCAGGCUAAGAUGACUCAGCUGCCUGAGGCAGAAAAGGAAAAGAUUGCUGAGCAAGUUGCUGAUUUCAAGAAAGUAAAGAGUAAACUGGAUGCCGAGAUUGAGAUAUGGGAUGACACGAGCAACGAUAUCAUUGUCCUGGCCAAAAAGAUGUGUAUGAUCAUGAUGGAGAUGACAGACUUCACGAGGGGUAAAGGACCAUUAAAACAUACAACUGAUGUGAUCUAUGCAGCUAAAAUGAUAUCUGAAUCAGGUUCACGGAUGGAUAUCCUUGCUAGGCAGAUUGCUAAUCAGUGUCCAGAUCCAUCAUGCAAACAGGACUUGCUGGCCUACCUGGAACAGAUUAAGUUCUACUCCCACCAACUGAAAAUCUGCAGUCAAGUGAAAGCGGAGAUCCAGAACCUGGGGGGAGAGCUCAUCAUGUCAGCUUUGGACAGUGUCACUUCCCUGAUCCAAGCAGCCAAAAAUUUAAUGAAUGCUGUAGUGCAAACGGUGAAAAUGUCUUACAUUGCUUCAACCAAGAUCAUCCGAAUCCAGAGUCCUGCUGGGCCUCGGCACCCAGUCGUGAUGUGGAGAAUGAAGGCUCCUGCAAAAAAACCCUUGAUUAAAAGAGAGAAGCCAGAGGAAACUUACGCGGCUGUCAGACGAGGCUCUGCAAAGAAAAAAAUUCAUCCAGUGCAAGUCAUGAGUGAAUUCAGAGGAAGACAAAUGUACUGAAAACACUAUUCUACUUUGGUGUCUAUAUUACAACAUCCUGGCUAAUCAGGAUUUUGCUUUAUAUAGUGCUUGGUUAGUGCUGUGAUUUCACUAAGUUUUGGGCUUUAACCCACAAAUAACAUAAAAUAUCGGAAGCUAAACCAACCAACAUAAGCAAUGCCUAUUUGGGAUGUUGUCACUGUCAUCUCUGUAAGAACAUUUCCUAAUAGUUACUCAAUACAUGCUAGUUGGAUGAAUGAAAAGUGCAGGGAUCAUUCAGCUUUUCCAAUCACAGGGAAUAUCAUAUUUGUUACCAAAUGAGCAUAGGAAGUACAAGUCCUAUUCUGUGAUAUGCAAAAGUUUGAGUACACUCAUCCUUUUCAUUUUGAAUUAAUACACUAACAAUGAGCACUUGACUUGGUUUUUGAUAAAAACAGACGGCUUUAUUAGUAGUUUCCUGUUUAAUCCCCAGACUUUAUCUGUUCUAACCUGACACCUAAUCUGGAAGAAAUGUGACUCCUGCCAGAGGAAGAAACUUCCACUCUGCAGGUAUUGGUAUUCAUCGUCCAAUGACUAGGCUGAAAUCCAUUAUAAACUAACCAAGUUUGAGCAGUAAAACUACUUGCUAGACCCUGAAAGUCAGUCCUGAUAAUUAACAAAAUGAUUUAUUAAUACUACAAAUAUCAUAGUGAAUUUUGAUGUGAGAUAUGCACCUUGUACUGUUCUGUGUGUCCACAAGUUCUGCAUUUUUAAAUGCUGGUUCCAUCCGAUUAUGUAUGCAGAAAAAGAGUUACCACCUAGUAAAGAAAUGAGGCACCCGACUGUGUCCCGGAGUGAGUUAUGAUAACAGAAGUAUAAGGAGUUCUGCAUGACUCUAAAGACAUAUUUGUAUCUGCUUUCAAUUGUAAUUAAAAGGAGAAGGCCAGUUUGAAAAACCUUUUGUCAUCGAGUGAAAUAUAACAGUGCGAUUCGUACCAUUGAACUAUAAAGCAGAGUUAAUGGUGAUGAAGCUAGAGUGAUUUUAAUAACAUUCCUUUAAAUAAAAGUCACUGGGGUCAUUUUAUAUCUACUAUGCUUUUCCUUAGUUGAGUUCAGAAUGGACUUCAUAAUAAUCUUAGAGUCUAGUGCACUGCUUCACUCUCCUCUUUUACUCUCACAUUCUUUUCAUGGUAGACUCAUCAUAAACUCUUAGAGGAAUUAAGUUUGGGUUUGACUUUUUCUCACUUAUAGGGUUCCCAUUAACAAAAAAUUUAACAUUUAUUUUCUAUUCUACUUUAUCAUAGUAAUACUAUAAUCAUAACUUCUCAUCGUACACAUUACCAUUGAUUACUUGUUCCAACAAUGACAUUACCUUAGACUGAUGAGGAAAAAAUUCACAGAUGUGUUAUCAGCUGAUGUUCGGGGGGUGGUGCAUAAGAAUGCCUAAAGUUUAGAGCAUGAUGUGUAUUGUAGAUAUCUUGAGGAAAAGAGUAUGGGAAAAGAAGGACCUAAUAAAUAGGCAAUUAAAAAUUGUGAAGGAAAUGUUAACUUCCAUUUAUUGUACUGAAUUAUUUCAUUUCUCCAAAUUGCUGAAUUAUCUGGGUUCAGUGAAGAAACUUUGUAAGAAGUCAAAAAGCUCCUCACUAUCUUGCACAAUGGACUGACCCAAAGUAAUAUUCUAAACCAAGUUUACUCCCUAAAGGAUAAGGUAGUGAGGAAGAGAUUUAGGGAAUCCAGAUAACUACAUUUUUCUACUGUCUAGAGAAUUGAAGAAAAAUGCUACCAUCUUUUUCUGCUCUACUAUAGACAUUGAACGUGUGACAUUGUACACCCUUCUCUUAGGUAGAAUUGUGAAUUUAUAAUUUAGUUGAGAAAAUGACUUUUUAGAGAGAGAGAGAUUUUUUUCUAUAGGGCAUAUGUGCUUGCUGGAGAGACAGAGAC